AUGCAAUACUUUCUGCUCGUCGCUUCGGCCCUUCUCGCCCUCGUCUUCUGUCGUGGCGUUCCCCUUCGACCGACCGUCGACGACAGAAUCGGACCCAACUGUCAUAUGUGCGAGGUAGUAUUCACGUCCAUUUCUGAUCUGUAAAAGUAUUUUUCAGGUUAUUCUGAACAAUGUUCGCUACGAAUACCGCAACAACUUUACCGAUGUGACUGUCGACCAGCUGCGGCAAUCCCUUUACGUGUGAGUCUUCUUCUCUAUUUUGACCAGCUCACUCUCCGGAAAUACAACAUCAGCCCCGUUCUUAUCAGAGAGUUCCGGCUCUUUCCCUCUUCUCACACACGCACACAAACACUAAUUAUCGUUUCAGACAGUGCGACUUGAACCUGAACGGGUUCACAGAUCAAGAGUGUCAUAAGAUAGUCGACCAGGACUCUGCGGAUAUUCUUCAGCAACUGCAGGACGGCACCUCUUCCUAUCGGAUCUGCCAGAAAGAGCAACUUUGCUGA